AUGGACAACUUCCUGACUAAUGUCCCAUUCACAACAUCGGGCGCCCUAGUGGACAUAGUCGACAAAAAAAUUCUAGUUUCGUUACGGGAUGGUAAAAAGUUAAUCGGCGUAUUACGGUCGUAUGACCAAUUUGCCAACCUAGUACUACAGGAUACGAUCGAACGAAUCCAUGAUGGGAUAUGUAAAUAUACGGAUAUCUGGAGAGGUAUCUAUCUCGUCAGGGGUGAGAAUGUCGUCCUACUAGGCGAAAUAGACUUGGAUAAGGAGGACGAGAUCAUCAAGCGGUUCGAGUACCAUAGCCUCGAGACCGUCUCUGAACUACAACAGCAGGAGAUCCAGACCAAGGCUGAACGGGUGAAGAAGGAUGAGAAGAUCCUCUUCGAUCGAUUGGGCUUCAGUAAGGAGGGAGAUGAGGACGACCGUUAUUGA